CUGCCCUCCGGAUGUUAUGAGGUGAGCGAGGCAAAAAUAGCUCUGACAUGUCUUUCACUGUGACCAAGCCCCGCUCCGCUUGGCCCUGUCAAUCACAGGCCAAAACAAGAUGGCAGGCUGCAGGAGCUGGGUCUUCUUUUUAACAGUUUGUGCUGCCAGUUUGUUUGGGGCCAAUGCAGAGAUCAAAGUGACCAUUCCUGUGGGGAAGUUAUUUACAUAUGAGCUGCUGAGGGAGACUUUCCAGAAUGACUUUGAACCGUUGUCAAAGCUCUACGCUGGCCGCUUGUACGAUGACCCCAUGAUUUUUAAGUGCAACCGCCAGAAUUUCCCAGACCUCCCAGAGUGGCUGCGCUUCACCCAAAGACACCCCUACGAUAAUGGCUUCCUCUACGGCACGCCAGUGUCUCCUGGAAAAAGUAUAAUUGAGAUUUACGCCAUCAACAAGCGGACCUAUGAAGCAGCCCGACAGAUUCUCGUCAUCAAAAUCACUGCAGAGGAGAUGCUGCCCUAUCAGGCUGAGUUCUUCAUCGAGCUGAGGGAGAUUGAGAAGGUGCUGCCCUCUUCUGUUCAGGAUGAGAUAAAGCAGGACUUACAGAAGCUGUGGGACACAGAGGCACUGGAAAUAGUCAAUAUCACCAACGCCCUCGACCGCGGCGGCAGGGUCCCCCUCCCUCUUGCGGGACACUUUGAAGGUGUGUAUGUGAAGGUGGGGUCGGAGCAGUAUUUCUCAGAUUGUCUCCUGAGUGCGACAACACCGGAGCAUGAGAGGCAGUGCAAAACUGGGGCCAAAGUCAAGGUCCCUGGAGGGUGCAACUUCUGCAGCAUUCCCAGCAACUGUAUCACCUGGUGCAAGACGGAGCUGUUUGAUCUGACACAGCUGACGCCACCUCCACCUCCUCCCACGAUGGGCUCUGGGAUCCUGGCAGAAGGAGGCGAGUUCGACCCUCCUGAGUCUCCCCCGAGCAGAGACUUUUUACCCGACUACAUCGUGACAGUGAUCGUGCCCUUGAUCAUCGCCAUCAUCCUGUGUAUCCUGCUGGCCUACAUCAUGUUCGGCAGACGGGAGGGAGUCGAAAAAAGGAACGCGAGAACAAACCAAAUUCAGCUGUACCACCACCACACCAUUCAUGGGAACACCGACGAGCUGAGGAACAUGGCUGGCAACCGCAGCACUCCUCCACCGCUGUCCACGCUGCCCAUGUUCAACAGCCGGACCGGGGACAGAGCUCCACCGCUGCAGUCCGACAGCCCCAGCAUCCCCCUCAUCAUGGCCCAGCAUGAUCCUUACAGCGACACACUGCCCAGGAAAUGAGAACAGCGAUGGAUAAAGUGUCUUUGACACACCGAGUGUCUUUCAUACAGUCGAUGGUUCUGUAUUUGCAGUGGCAAUCUGUGUGUGUUUCUUCUUUAGGUGCCAUGGAAGUGGAAACAGACAAGUUUUUUUGCUUUAACUUGUCGUUAUGAAGUAAAUGUUGACCGCACAUGAAAGCUCUGUAGAACAAUGACAUCAUCAGCGUUUAGACUGGUUCCCUAUAAGUCUCGCUUUCACUAUGCAAUUCUGUUUGCCACCUGGGAAAAUUAAGGCUCAAUUUACUACACAAAAGAAGUGCGUCAUCUAUUGUGCAACCAAAAUAGGAAAAGAUAGAGCUUUUGUUUUAUCCGGUAGCUAUCGGCAGCUAUCCCCAGUUACCAAGGGGUAUCAAUGCAAGUUCUACACACAUUUAUUUAUAAAGCCCAAUAUCACAAAUCACAAUUUGCCUCAGAGGGCUUUACAGCUUACAACAUCCCUCUGUCCUUUGGAUCCUUACAGCAGAUAAGGGGGGAAAAACUUUAAUGGGUUAAAAAAAAAUAAAAUGGUAGAAACCUCAGGAACUCAGGAAGAGCAACUGAGGAGGGAUCGCUCUUCCAGGAUGGACAGUCAUGCAGUGCGUCUUGUGUUGGUAGUUUUUAGGCUCUGAUGAAAAUGGAAAGCUAUCUGGUUGUCUAUGACAGCGGCGCCAACAGUAGUACCACUUGGAAAUGCGAUGGGGAAGAAGUUAAAAAAAGUUGUCUGUUUCCACUUUAAAAUAACUUUAAAGAGUGUUUAAUUUGUCAAAUUGUUCCUUUUGGUUUAUGGUUUUCUGUAGUCUACCGCCUUUCACUACUAAUAAAAAAAAAAAUUAAAAGUCACGUUCUUCA